AUCUGUCGAACCAUGGCCUUCAGUGCUCUAAGGCUAAGUCAGAGGGAUGGCAGAGGCAGACAAGGACAGACUGAAAGGACUCAGAACACAGAUUUUGAUCCCGAUGAAGAAAUUCGAAUCAUACUGAUUGGAAAGACAGGAAAUGGGAAGAGUGCAUCGGGAAACACCAUCCUCAAUAGAAAAGCCUUUACAUCAGUCCUCUCUGCGGAGUCUAUCACAUCAGAGUGUGAAAAGGCUAAAGGAACGGUGGAUGGACGCAGGGUCGCGGUCAUUGACACACCAGGAAUUUACGAUACAAAAUACAAAGAAGCCGACGUAAUCAGAAAACUGAAAGAGUGCAUCUCUCUCUCCUCGCCUGGCCCUCACGCGUUCCUGGUUGUGGUCAAAUUGGGCAGAUUCACAGAAGAAGAACAGAAAACUAUUGAACUUCUGCAGCAGGUGUUUGGUGACAAAGCUGCAGAUUUCUCUAUGGUUCUCUUCACUCAUGGUGACCAGCUCGGAAGCACAAGAAUUGAGGACUUUUUUAGAAAAAGUAAACAACUUAGCCAUUUGAUUGUAAGAUGUCACUUUCGAUAUCAUGUUUUCAAUAACACAGAUACCAAUAACAGUCAGGGGCCUCAGCUGCUUGCUAAGAUAGAAAGUAUGAUCAGUGAUAAUGGAGGAACAUUUUACACAAAUGAAAUGUUCCAGGAGGCUGAGAGAGCGAUCUGCGAACAGCAAGAGAAGAUUCUGAGGGAUAGUGCUGAGCAAAAACUCAGAGAAGAACAACAACUGAUGGCAAUGUUUGAGGGAGAACAACUGAAGAAACAAUUAAAGUAUCUCGAUGAAGAGUAUAUAAGAAAAUCAAGAGAAAAGGCAGAAAAGAAAAACAAAUUCAUUAAAAGUGGUGUGAUUGUAGCAGCUGCUGAGGUGGGUGUUGCAAUCGGUGCUGCGGCAGCAGCUGCUGGAGGCCCUCUUUGUAUUGCCAUUGGAGCAACAGCUGGUGGAGCUGUUGGGGCUGUAGUGGGAUUAUUAGCACCAGCAGCAAUAAUAGCUCUGAAAAAUAAAUGUGCUGUACAAUAAAAGAUACACAGCAUUUACAUGGCCAGAGUCCUAAAAAAAUAGAAAGGCACUGACCAAAGAACCGUCUCACCUACCUCUGUCAACUCUGGGAAACGCUGAGGUCUGAUAUACAAAAGUGAAGCUUCAGUCAGUCUUUCAGUUAACUUUUUUUACAGUCCAUAACAUUACAUUUUGGUUAACUGUUUUCAGUAACUUUGUUCAGGUAAAUACCCUGUACCUGCACAAAAUGAGAUUUGAGCUGUGGAAGACCUAGGUUUUUCUUUCAGGAGUUGGUUGAGACCAAAACCAAAGCCAAAUACAAAGUGAAUAUUGGACAUACAUUUGUUAGACAAUGCCAAAUAAAUGUAAAUAGGAAACCAAUUAAUAAACGUCUAACACAUUAAUUCAGCAAUAUAUUACAGUCUGAAUAAUGUCAUUGGUAUCGUAAUUUUAGGGCCUAAAUACAUUGUUUAUGGACAUUGUGCGAUAUGAAUAUGCCCUUGGUCACAUAGCAUGCACUGUGCGGCUUAAUGCAAUUUUUACACGGCUGAUCUUGUGUGUAAAAAUGAGAACAAUCUGUUAAAAAAUUAUUAAAACAAAUACCUAGUUGUACCAGAGGCAGUGUGAAGCAGCAGAGCAACCUUGUGUUUUUGCAUUUCACAUUAAAUAAAUCAAUUUAAAUCGAUGCAUUCUGUACUUAAUGAUCCAGUUAGUUAAUUUUGUUAUGUGUGUGUUCCCGUAACAGAAAACCACUUCUGUGCACAUUGAAGGUAGAGAAAGAGCAGCUUUUGAAAGUCAGUAAUCCAUUUGUAUGUGUAUGCAUGUAUCUGUCUGGUAAAGCCUUUGGGGGCAAGUGCUAGCUAGUAUUUCUUAAUUGUCUUUGGCCAUGAAGUGGCUGCAAUGACAAAGUGUUUCUCUGUAUGUCAAAAAGCUGUCUCAGUCAGAUGGAAAGUGGAUGUGUAAAGAAUUGUACAAAAUGAGCCGAAACACUGCCGGCAAGCUAAUGUCAGACUCCUGUGUAAUACACACAUAAUACACACUAAUGUAUAAACACGAGUGGGCUGGUAUGUGUAAAAAAAUCAACUAAAACUCCAGCACUGUCAAUUCAACCCAUCUCUUCAAUUUUUAGGUCAAUUACCUCUUCAUAUUUUCACAUUUCUCCUCAUUGUGUCUCUUUUGUUAAAAACAUCCUCUGCUGACAGCUGGACACAUCGACCCUCAGGGAUAAUGACCAUCUCUCCACAAAUGGACUAUACUGUGCAUAAAGGAGCUUCACAUUGCUUUGAAGCAGCUUUGCCUCACAUGCAUAUGCCUCCACACUCACACAGGGCACCUAAAUGUACAGUCAUUUUCUCGCUCUCACUUGUAACACACACAAAGGCCACAACAGCGACUAUUUUAAGGGGUUUUCUCAUGCGGUAGUAAUUGUUCCAAAGGCCACAGAGUACAAUAGAGGUCUACAGUUAACAGCUUGGUGUGCUGUGACAUUAGAGACACGUAAGUGGCUUGGGGUGAAUCUGUCUUUGGAAAUUAAAUUCAAAAACUCAGACAAGCUCAUUUCAAGCACAGACAAGCAAUAAAAAAGACUGCAUGUGUGCUUGGCUUUACUACAGUGUAUGAAUGUAAGAAUGUCAUAUCAUUCUUUCAAAUCCUCUGAAGCUAUUUAAACCAACAAGAAAAUGCACUUCAUACACUGCACAGGGUCCCAGACACUGAACUGAUAUAGUCACAGUUUGGUUUUGUAUAUUUUGAGACUUGCAGUACCUUUUCAUCAACACGUUUUAAUCAGUUACUAUUUGUGCAUAAUGUACUGUAUCAAGCAUUUAAUUAUUAUUAUUUAAUGUUUAUCUUUUUCUUUACUACUUUGUGACUAAGCAUCCUUUACAAAAUGUUCUUUAUGGCUUAUUAAAAGUCAAUAAAGUUUUAACCAGUGCUUUGUAUACUGUAU